UUAGUAGAAGAUGCGGAAGCUGCAGGAAAUAAAUUAACUGUGUAGUAAUUUGAGUUAUUAUACAAAAUUCCUGAUUUAUACAACUUGUGCAACUGUUGGUGGUGUAUUGAAAUACUUACCAAUUCAUCAUGGAAGAUGCUAGCAAGGUUAACAGACUGCUAAUGUUUGCCGUCGAGCGAGCGGACCACAGAGAAAUUGAGCGCCUUCUGCAGAACGGAGCUGAUCCGAACUAUUACAACUCCUGUGCCGCCAAUGGAAAGUGCACUCCGCUGCACGUGGCAAUUGUAGUGGCGGAUCCGGUCGCGGUUAGAAUGCUGUUGCGGAAGGGAGCAAAUCGUGACACGACCAACAACAAGGGACUAUCACCGCUGGAUAUGGCUCAACUGUUGGAAUAUUCGGAAAUUGCAUCGCUCCUGAUAAACCAUUCCAAAGAGCCUUCUUCAGAGGAUGGGCCGCAAACGAGCAAAUGGUUCUAUACUCGCCGAUCGGGAACGUCCAGCAUUGCCGGCCAGAUGUAUGAGUAUAAAUUGUUGGCUCUGGUUCUACUUAGACUAAAGAAAGGUCCGUAUCAGUUUCUUCUCGGAUCUAACAUUACAGGAAUUGGAAAUUUUGACGAUCUGUGCGUUCGGUAUCGCCAGGUUGGAGAAACAAGUUUCAAGUACUUGUUCAUACAGGCAAAACACCGGGAAGAUCCGGCGAAGAAAAAGGUAACUAAAGAACUAUUGCUGAAUUUGGAUUGCAAAGAUAGCUCGGAGUAUAGUAUGCAUAAACACUUUGAACAAUAUUUAAAAAUACGGGAGCAGUUUACUAAAACCAGCAACGAUGAGUUUUUUGCCGGGAAUUUUGAAAAUUUAAACAUUGAAUUUGUACUCUAUACUACGGCACAUAGUGACUUAGAAACAAAUGAUCAAAUCAAUAGUGAGUUUUUGUUAGAAACCAGUGCAGACGGUAAGGUUUAUAUGGUUGAAUCGACGGAUGAAAUAAUACAAAGUUUGUGCGCACAUGUAAACGAAGCAAAGGUCGAACAAACAUGGAAAAAUGAAAAACCAAUUGAGAAAUCUGGUUUUAAGCAAAAGUUAGCCAUUGAUUUUUUGAAAAAGUUCCGAGUUUAUCAUAGUCAGGCAAUGGAACAUGAAGUAGGUGAAAUUGUUGGUGCAGAACUAGAUGGUAAAUCUGAUAGUUGGCAGUUGCUGAAUCUGAUAUAUCUUGACCUCGUUCAAAAGUAUUGGAUGCGCAAGGACAAAAUUGUGUAUCUUACGGAAUUUUGUAGAUUUCUUGAGGAAGCUGAGCAAAUAGUUGCUGAUACAAGCUUACUUUCGCAUUUAACGAGCAUUUUCUUCAAUAAAGUAAAAAGCUUUGAAUUGAUUUUUAGUAAUGACGCUAUAGUAGAACUUAACUUGGACUCUUUUUUGUCAGACUGCAGCAGAAUUUUCUUAAAUAUUCACAGCAAUGCUCCCGAAAUAAGCUUUGCUAAUAUUUGUCAAAACAUGAUGCAAAGAUUUGGUAAUAACCUGGCACACCUGCAGCAUCCACCGCGGCCUAUCACCCAUCUGGACAGAACAUCUCCCGGCUUCAGCCUUGCGACCAACGCCACCAUCCAACUCUAA